AUGCACGUCCUUUCCGUCGAUCUUCCUAUCGAGCUCAUCUGCAGUGUAGACACUGCAACCGCAUCCACUGUCUCUUCUGCUGCUUCAUCCACCACCUGUGUAGCUGCCUCUCUAUUCAUAGAUGGUAGCCGAUCACUCCCUCUGGUAGACUCAUGGAUUUUUGAUGGUCCCAUCCCUGGUGAUGACCAUUCUCCCUCCCUUUUUGGAGCUGGAGAUCGCAUUGCCAUUUAUCGACAUGGCUCCCUCAAUGCACCAGGGUGUGGCCCUCCACUUCCUUCUCCAGCCUUCACUGGUCGUCUCACCCACAUUGUGGGUUGGAGCCCGACUACCAUUGAGUUUCACAUUGAUAUUCACACUGUCUUUCCUACCCCUACCACUACCAUCCAAUUCCCUCGGUCUAUAUGCCGUCUGUCCUUUUGGGAGCGUCUUUGGGGUUACCUUCGCUUCUCGGACUCGACAGUUUGUGCUGCCGAGCUCGUCGUCAUAGGCGUCCUUCCGCCUUCAAUCUAUGGCAUGACUGUUUGUAUGGUCGUGUCCCUGCCUUUCUCUCCCGAUUUCACCGCCCUGAACGCAUCCAGUCCCUCGUUACUCCCUGGGUUCGACGUUUCCGAUGGUCUUCCCCCUUCUCCACACGGUAUGACUGUUUGUACGGUUGUCAUCCCUCGUGUCCCCACCUUUCCCUCCCGAUUUCAUCGCCUUGAACGUCCCGAGUCCUUCGCUACUCCCUGGAUCGACAUCCCCGAUGGUCUUCCACCUUAUCCGCACGGCAUGACUGGGACUACCGCGAUCCAUCCUCGACCAUCGGACUUCACCACCCCACAGACUAAGACUCGCUCCAGUCUCAACCGCCCAGCAAGUCUUUGGCCCAGCAAAAGUCAUGUUCGGAUUCACGAUUGGACGUUUAAGAAGAUCAUUACAGGUGCCCCUUACCUUCGAGAACUCUUGACUAAUUAUCAAACAGAUGCAAUAUUUGAUUGGACAGACGUGCGAUCCGAAGAUGCGGCUCAUCUGAACAGGAGCAUUGCACGUUAUGCGGUGUUGAAUGUAAAGGGUCUGGUGCCGCCUGCCUUCCCUGAUACCAAGGCAUUGCGUGCACAGGUGGGUCUCAACCACCCUCAACUCGCUCGCUCCCUAUCGCGACUUUCAGAAUUGCGUGUCAUUCUUUUAUCUUCCACCACUAUGGCGACCAGCUGUACAUUUCACGGAUUGGUUGGCGUUCAAAAUGCUUCUAGAUAUCAAUAUGACACUAAACAUUACUGGAAAUACGACGGCUACAUUGCCCUCCCUGACAGUGACUUAGCGGUUGCUGUGUUCAGAUUCGGAGCUAAUACUGCUUCGACUGAAGAUGGUAUCUAUUUGAUGCACGCACGCGCCAUGAUUGGUUCUGCUGUAACUGAUGAGGGCACGUCUACUCACACUCUGCAUCUAUAUGCCAAUGAUGGGCGACUUUCAUGUCUCAAACUCUUGCAAUGCGGUACUUCACAGAAUGAUGGCUGUGGCUCACCCUCACCUGCUCCGAGUCCACCCACUCCUAAGCCACGUCCUGUUCCUAAGGCGCGUCCCGUUCGUAAAGCACCAUUGGAGGAAUCCACACCACUUCCCCGCAAAAAGCAGAAGGUGGUCCCACCAGAAAGCCCGCUCACAGAAUCCGAACUAUCGGAGGAGGAAGUUGAGUCUCCAGUUCGAAGAUUGCCUCGACAAGCUCGACCAAAGGCCAGCCGCAAGACUACGGCAUCCGCUAGCGCACUAAAGAAAAAGAAGGGAAGAAAACGACCUGUGCUGAUUGUUCAUUUUGUCUCGUAG